AUUAUUAAAUAUGCAGAUAUCGGAUCGUGUGAACUUGGUUGGGAUCUGUACAACCAAUGGUGUUACUACUCCCCCAGUGAAACAAAGACAUUCCUAGAUGCCGAAGCAGAGUGUGCAGCUUUAUUUCCACAAUCACAUCUAGCUAGUAUUCAUUCCAUUGGAGAACAGUCCUUUAUUACAGAACGACUUUACUACAUCGGCGACUGGACAUGGGUUGGCUUAACAGAUAUAGAAGACGAAAAUAACUGGAAAUGGACUGAUGGAACUAACUUUUAUUACAAUAACUGGACUCCUGGUGAACCUUCCAAUAGUUAUGGCAACGAAGACUGUGUCCACAUGGAAGACUACUUUUACAAACUGGGAAAGUGGAAUGAUGUCAAAUGCAACAAUCUUUACAGAUUUAUUUGCAAAAUGCCAAAAUAUGGCCUAGCAAUCACUGAAGCACCAACUGUAACAACCGUUUCAGGCCAAGACUGUGAUCCCGGAUGGAAGCUCUAUGAACUGGAGGCCACAUGUGCCCAGCCUAUAUACGCUAAAAGGAUGACAAAAAAUAAUGCCCAGGACUACUGUUCUAGUUUGAACGCAAAUCUAGUUAUGAUCCUGAAUGAACCGAAAAAUACGUGGGUAACAUCUCUCAUUUCGGACGAGGGCACGGUAUAUUGGAUUGGUCUUUCAGAUAGGGGCUCUCUUCAGUGGAAAUGGGUGGACAAUACACCAGCAGAAUACUUUAACUGGGCACCUGGUGAACCGAAUGAGAACGAUGGUUUACAUGAAGACUGUGUCGAGAUGUAUUCCAGUGGUUAUUGGAAUGAUGAACAAUGUCUUGGAUUGGCUUAUCCAAUAUGUGAAAGAGCAGUGGGUUUGACAGGACCACCACCAACAACACCGAAUUACGAGCCCCCGUGUCCGCUUGGUUGGUACAAGUACGAAGAAGAACAAUGUUUGUUGCUCGUUACUGAGAGAAGAGAUACUUUCAACAGCGCCAGAGAGUACUGCAGAACGGAAAGGGCAGAUUUGGUCAUGAUCAAGACAGAGGCACUUAAUAACUUCAUAGUGAAUUUGAUAUCAAGGUAUGACGAUGAUGAAUUCUGGAUUGGACUAACUGAUAGAAGAGAAAUGUACGAGUUCCUCUGGAUAGAUGAAACACCACUCCAGGAAGGUGAUUACACUAACUGGGCCCCAGGCGAACCCAAUGAAAGUGAUGGCCUCCAUGAAGAUUGUGUGGAAAUAUAUGCUCAUACAGGAAAGUGGAAUGAUGAACAAUGUGUUGCUUAUCAGAACUACAUAUGUAGCAGACCCACUGUCUUUAAAUCAACAACCCCUGGUCCUUCAACAACGCCCAGACCCACUCAUCCACCAGCGUUGUCACCUGAAUGUGGAGAUGGAUGGAUGAAAUAUCAAGAAACUUGCGUACUAAUUGUAGGUCAAAAGAGUACAUUUAACAUCGCUCAGGAGUACUGCCAAGAAAGACAUGCAAAUCUUAUCAAACUGGAAAGUCAGGAUAUGAAUAAUUGGUUGGUAGAUCAGACAGCUCCGUACAACCAAGUAUUCUGGAUUGGACUGUAUGAUCGCAUAGAAGAUAACACAUUCGUAUGGACAGACGGAACUGAACCAUCUUUCACUAAUUGGGCUCCUGGUAAUCCCAACAACUAUGAUGGCAUCGGAGAAGAUUGUGUAGAGAUGUAUACAGCAGGGACAUGGAAUGAUGAACAGUGUCUGGCACUCAAUGCUUUCGCUUGCUCAAAAGGAUUCGAGGAAAUUCCUAAAUGCGAUAUCAAAGAUGGAUGGGAAUCCUCCGGUGAAAAGUGCUAUAGGUGGAUAUCUGACACAAAAAGUUUUUAUGAGGCUACUGACUACUGCUCUUCUAUGGAUGGAUAUAUCAUUUCUAUCAAUACGGAAGAAGAACAGACAUUUGCUACUUCAAUACAGCUACGUCAUGCUAACAUACAGUACUGGAUUGGACUUACCGAUGAAGGCAACAGAAACACAUUCACGUGGCAAGAUGGGACUAGUACCGGUCCUCAAGACUACACUAAUUGGGAUGAGAAUCAACCUAAUUCAGAUGUGUAUCCUGCAUGUGGUAUGAUACAAGGACCAUAUCCAGAUGUGUGGAGUGUAGAUCAAUGUAAUGAGAGGAAACGAUUUAUAUGCGAAAAACCACAAGGUACAUGUGCAGAUGGAUGGGUACUCCACGGUGGAGAAUGUUAUCAAUUCAACGCCCUGAAGAGAACAUGGACUGAUGCAAGUUAUUACUGCAGUACUCAAGGUGGAUGGCUAGGAACAAUUUUGGAUGGUGCAGAAAAUACAUUUAUUGCUUCGCAAAUGGGCCCUCUCUAUGAAGAACAGGUUUACAAUAUGUGGAUCGGAUACUCAGAUAUCAUCAAUGAUGGCCAAUGGCAGUGGGUGCAUGAGACUAGAUCUACAUAUGAAAACUGGCCUAAACAACCUACGAAUACUUAUGGGCAGGCAGACUGUGCUUAUCUCUACACAGAUGACCAAAUGGGACUCUGGAAUCAAAUGCUAUGCACAUUAUUGGCUGGGUUCUUCUGCAAGAUCAAAGCUGGAUCCACUGUAACACCUGUGACAGCCCCAGAUAAGGUAGGAUCUUGUGACCGCGGUUGGGGUCUAUACGGUGAUUGGUGCUACUAUAUCCCAAAUGUGGAGAAGAAUUUUGCUGAUGCUGAAUCAGAGUGCGCGGCAUUGUUUUCCGGAUCACAUCUAGCUAGUAUUCAUUCCAUCGGGGAACAGUCUUUUAUUACAGAACGUCUAAAGUACAUUAACGCUUGGACAUGGAUCGGUUUAAAUGAUAGAGAUAUAGAAGAUACAUGGAAGUGGACGGAUGGAACUAAUUACGAUUUCUGGAAUUGGGCUGAAGGGGAGCCAAACAAUGUCAAUAACGAGGAUUGCGUGCAUCUUGGAUAUUUUGAUGACCAUCAGAUUGGGUUGUGGAACGACAAUAAUUGCAACGACGAAAACAGAUAUAUCUGCAAAAAGGCAAAAUAUAAUACUCCGCCUGUCACAGAAGCUCCACCUAUAACACUUCCUCCUAGCGGACGUUGCGGCAGUAAUUGGGUAUUUGAUGCUGGAAGUAAUAACUGCUUCAAAUAUGCAACUGAUAAAAUAACUUGGCCAAAAGCAGAUGAACAAUGCCAUUAUGAGGGUGGUCUUCUUACCAGUAUUACCAAUCAAGCUGAUUCUGCAUUCCACCACCAAAAUGCACUUUACUACGCAUUGAAUUAUAAUGCUUGGAAUUUUUGGAUUGGUCUUCAUGAUACCAAUAUGGAGUCUGGUUACGAAUGGAGCGAUGGCGCCCCUGUCUCUUAUCUCAACUGGAACCCAGGGGAACCAAACGAUUACAAUACCGGUGAAGAUUAUGUUGAAAUGCUGAGUGAAACCGGAAAAUGGAAUGACCAUAAUGGUGAAUAUACAGCUGGAUAUAUAUGCAAGAGGAAUAGUUUCGUUACGGAUCAGUUUAAAGUGUUUCCAAACAGUCGUUUGGACGAAACAUCCUCUACUCCAAUCUCAAACGUUUGGCCAGAGGACUGUGCUAUAUUUUGUUAUAGUGCUGGUCAAGACUGCAGAUCUUUCAACUACUAUCGAAAGAAUCGUGAAUGUACACUACUUGCUAUUGAUCAAUACUCGGACAAUGCAGAUCUAGUGCCCGAGUUUGAAGAUCCGUAUGAUUACUAUGAACGAGACUUCAACGGUCCUGCAGUUCAAGUACCGACUACCAUCGAUCCUUCGUAUGGGUGUAAUAAGGUUGAGACUGGUUACCGCAGCUACUGUUAUUCCUUGGUUACUUCCGUAUCAUCUUUCAAUGGCAUGCAGGAUGUGUGUGCACUUAGAAGUGCUGACCUGGUAUCUAUCGCCGACGCCAGUGAAAUGAACUUUGUUACAAGUCUAAUGCAGACUGGCAAUACUGGGACUACAAGGAUAAGUUCAGUGUGGUUAGGAUUGAAUGAUAUGGAUCGUGAAGGUACUUAUGCCUGGACUGACGGUAGUGAGAUAACCUAUACAAAAUGGGCAGCUGGACAGCCUCAGAAUACUGAAAAUGAUGACGACUGUAUCGUCCAUAAUAUUGAUAUGGAUGGAUGGCUUGAUAACGUUUGCACAGGAAAUCAGCAUUAUGGCGUCUGCAAAUCACCCAAAAGAACUUCUAAUGUUGUACAACCAGAAAAUGAAGGCUGCCCAAUAGGGUGGUUGAAAUACAUGUCUUCAUGUUACGAGCUGGUAACUGAUCAGAAGAUUUGGAUUGAUGCGAAAGCAGACUGCUUGAAUAAGAAUGGUAGACUUGCUAUCAUCAAUGACAAAUAUGAACAGGCCUACUUAGCUUCAUUGAUGGGCGCUAUCUAUUUUUACACGUUUGACUACUGGAUUGGAUUAAGUGAUACUGAUAUUCCGGGUACAUACCUCUGGGUGGAUGGUUCACAUCCGACAUUAUCUGCUUGGGCACCGACUCAGCCAGAUCCUUAUUUGGGUGACUGUGUGGCUUUAGUAAGCGCUGGAAAUGGAGCUGGUAGCAAUGUAGCUGGUUUAUGGUUUGAUGAAAGAUGCUACAAAGAACAUAACUACAUUUGUGAGAGGCCGGUCGAUGGCACAACAGAUACUCCAUAUACCCAGGCUCCCGUCACCAAUCCAUCAAAUAUAGGAUGUACAGAUGAUAACGCUAUCGGUUACGGAUCUAAUUGUUUCAUUCCAUUUGAGAGAAACCCUAUAGAGCAGAUCAGUUGGGCUAGUGCCAGAACUUAUUGUCGGGGAAUGGGAGGUGACUUGGCCAGUUUCCAAAGCAAAGAGGAGGAAGCAUACAUUGUCAGCCAUUACAUCCCAAUAGACCCAGAAACUGCUAAAUAUGGAUUCUGGACAGGACUUAAUGAUCAGUCCCGAGAGUCAGGUUUCCAGUGGAGUGACGGAUCACCUUUAGUGUAUCUUAAUUGGGAAAGCGGUGAACCUAAUGAUUACUCUGGUAGCGAGGAUUGUGGUGAAAUGUAUUUCUCUGGACGAGGAUGGAACGAUCUUUCAUGCUCGGCUACACGGAGCUUUCUCUGUAAAGUACCAAAACAGAUUAAAGCACCCACUACUAUUCCACCGAUUCGAGAGUGUUUGACGGCAUCAGGUUGGCAGUAUUUCGAACCUUAUUGCUAUUACUUCAGUGACGUUGCUGGAUCGAAUGAUAGAUUAAGCUGGACCCAAGCAGAAGACUUCUGCAAUCAAAAGGGAGGUCAUCUAGCAUCAAUCAUGAGCAGUGCUGAAAACGCAGCUUUGAUGGAAAUGGCUCCAACCAUUGGAAUAAAUUACUGGAUUGGUAUUCAUCAAGAGGUUGCUGCUGGAAGUUUUAGAUGGUCAGACGGCUCUCCAUACACGUACGAGAACUGGGAUAGAGGAGAACCAAAUAAUCACAAUGGAGAAGAACUAUGCGGAGAAAUUUACCGUUAUAAUGGUCUUCAACAAAAUGGCGUAUGGAAUGAUGCAGCAUGUGGAGUGAAUACCCCAUUCAUUUGUAAGAAGAUGGAAGAGUCGGUUAACCCAAUCACUCGUGCACCAACCGAAGCACCUGUAGGAGGCUGUAGUGAUGGGUAUUUCAAAUACUUCAAUAGAUGUUAUAGAAUGGGAGGAUAUGAAGAGACUGAUCGAUAUAGCUGGGAGGAUUCUAGAUCUGUAUGUCAAGGAGAGGGAGGUAAUCUAGUUGGUAUCCAUAGCCAACCAGUCCAGUCUCUGCUAGCAUCAAUGCUAUUGGAUAUAGAGGGUGACGUAUGGAUCGGAUUUUCUGAUGAAGGAUCGAAUGGUCAAUAUCACUGGACGGAUGGUAAACCCGCAGUUUAUGUUAACUGGUUUCCGGGUGAACCAACCGGACACAUUUCUCUACCCGGUGCACCUGCUCGCAACUGUGUUGAAAUGUUAAACACACAAUGGUAUGCUGGUAUGUGGAGUGACUCAGAAUGCUCUAAUGCUAUUGGAUACAUAUGUGAGAGAGACUUGGAUCCGCAAGCUGAUGACAAUCCACCAGAGGAAAAGUACUGUGAUGAUCCUUCUUAUUACAAAUAUGGCGACUCUUGCUUCAAACUUGACACGACCAGGCGUUCCUACGAUGGUGCCCAAGAAUUUUGUGAGAAUGAUGGUGGUAACCUGGCAAGCAUUACGGAUGCUCACUAUGAAGCUUUCUUGGAGUAUCUUCUAUAUUCCAGAGGUGUAUCAGAUGCUUGGAUCGGCAUGGAGAAAAUUGAUGGCCAAUACCAAUGGGCUGAUGGUUGGCCAGUAUUUGUUUCAUUCUGGGGUGAUGGAGAACCAAGUCAGAAUGAAGGAGAAGGAUGCGUCAUUAUAACAGACAAGCCAUCUUGGGAUGAUACCAGUUGUACCGAACUUCAUCCUACUCUCUGUCGAACAACAAAUGCCAAACCACCUGAGCCAGUUGAGGAGCUCCCUGGUUACUGUCAAAGUGAUCAAACAUCAUUUGGUGGAAAUUGUUAUUAUGUUCCUAAUGAGUUCGUAUUCGUUGAGUGGCAAACAGCUCGUUACCAAUGUCAACAGAUGGGUGGUGAUCUAGCCAGUAUCCACAGCAAAGAAGAAAAUGAAUUCAUUCGAAAACUCGUACAAACCCGUAUCGGCAAGAGAAACGUCUGGAUUGGACUGGAACGUGGAAGUUCGGGUGGAUUUACACAGUGGAAUGACGGUAGCCCUGUUGAUUAUGUUCAAUGGGAUAACGGAGAACCUACUAAUGAUUGGAGAGGAACACAGGAGAAUUGUGUGGAAAUUUAUACCAAUGACUAUGGAACAUGGAAGGAUGAAGUCUGCAACACUGGAUCAUCAUUCAUUUGCAAAUUCCCUAAAUAUGACAACAGCACAAGUCAAGAGCCUGUGGGCCAAGGUCUUUCUGGUGGAGCGAUAGCUGGUAUCGUCAUCUCUUGUGUGCUAGUUGUCACUGUCAUCCUUCUCGUUAUCGGCUACAUGAUGGGCAUGCGCAGUGUCCCAAAACUUGGGACCUCAUCAACAUCGGCAACGUCGUCAGGGAAAAAAGACACGAUCCCGACACCAGCGUCUGGUUUUGAUAAUGUAGUGUAUUCUCCUGAUUCGAAUCAGAAGACAAUCCAAUUGGAUUCACACGGAAGUGUCGCCUAAUCACUUUUGUAUUCACGUAGUUAACAUAAUAUCCUUUUGGAAAUGCUGAUGAUUGUAAUUUUUGUAUUUUGUGUAAUGUGCUGCCUAGUGGUGUGCACUGUUAAAAAUAAAAUUACAGAAAAAAAUACCGUAUCAUCCUGUAAAUUAUUAUCACAGGAAAGUUUCCCAAUUUAACAAAACAAGUCUAUUUAAAAAUAAAGUUCUAUUACAUGAAAUUUGUAAGGUUUCAUAUUCCAUUUACUAAUUUUCCGUAUUUGUUUUUAAACGAUGUAUGAUUACAGGUGUUCUUGAGAAUCUGCUGGAGUACCUUUUCUAUUUUUAAGGGGAAAUUGUCGGACAGAGGUAGUCUUGAAAUGACUCCUACUUAAUUGAGGGAUGGGGGAUAAUAGAAUAAUGGAACUUCCUUACUCAUAGCAUCUAUUUUACAUGAAAUAUUCUUUUUCAUUGUCAAUACCGUUAUUCUUGCAUUUACCAUUUUCCUCCACCUACAUGCAAGCAGUUUCCGUACAUGUUUGUAACAAGAAAUGGUUGCGUUAUUCACUUGUAAUUGUGGCUGUUUCCAAUUGCACAAUUCAUCAUGUUUAAUUAUCAAAACUAAUUGAUGACUCAUUAAUUGAAACAUAAUAAAAUCCAUCAGAGACUGAUUCUUUUGGGAUCUGAAUUACCUUUUAAUUGCAUUUACUAAAUACCUACAGAAUUAAGAUGUAUAUAGAGAGAGAUUUAAAUGAAAUCAUGACAGAACAUCCUUAACUGAAAUAUCAUUAACCACUUUUUAUUUGGUAAAUAAUGUGCUUAUAACGGAUUGUACUAUUUUUAAGAAAAGGUCAUUAUACCAUUAAUACAUGCUUAUGUUGCGUAGUAGUAGCGAUCAAGCUAUAUGUAGGCAUCUGUAUCAUCAAUCUGUUUGGAUAUUUCGUUUGUAAAUGUAAAUCAGAAACAUUCUUGAACCAUACAUGCAAAAAUUACGUGCACAUGUAAUUUUACAUUGUAUAUUAUCAUCAAAAUGACGUCAGCCGUAAACGCGUUGAAUUGCGGAUUCUUAUCUCAAGUUAUCCAUCAUGCUUACAUUUUAUUUUUGUCAAAUAUAUUAACUAGCAAAACAAAAUUUUAAAUACGAUAUGUGAAUAAAGAAUCACAUAUAUCUGACUGGCCUUAAUUCUGUUUUCUAUGUGUUGUUCAUCAUUGAUUGAUAUACUAACUAUAAAGGUCACAAUACGAUAUAUGAAAUAUAGAGAAUAAUCAAUUACUUAUAACACUGGUAAUAUUAAAAUACGAGGUGAAAAAAAUACAAUAUUAAGGUAUAGCUUGAAAGCAGUUACAUGCACGGCAUGGGGUGACGAUAGACUAAAUGAUGUCAUGAGAAAGCCUGGUGUAUCCUCCUGUUUUGAUGUUUACCAUUUACAUUUUUGUCUAGAAAUGAAUAAAUUCAGGAUUAAUCAA